AUGCCGAGUUCGGACGGAGCAAGAGAGAAGAGGAGCCGUGUUCCUGUGGAGGAGCAGCCGUCCUGCUGUGCUGUGUGCUGUCCAGUCUGUAUCAGUUGUGGACACUGGUUCUGCAGACAGUGCAUUGCCUCAUACUGGGACCAGUCUGGACGAUCAGGAGACUCUUCCUGUUCCCAGUGUGUGAAACAAUCCAGGACCAGAACUGGACUGCAGACGGACCGUCAGACCAGCAUUGUCCAAACAGAUGUUGCUUUGCAGGAGGCUUUAGAUGAACAUAAGCUUAGUCUGAGGAGCAGAUGUGAACGUGUGACUGAAGGAGGUGAAACAGGAAGUGGAGUCCUCCUCACCAGCAUCUACACUGAGCUCUACAUCACAGAGGGACCGAGUGAAGAGGUGAACACCCAACAUGAGGUGAGGCAGUUGGAGACAGCUUCCAAGAAGAAGACCCUCCAUGAGGCUCCCAUCAAGGUCCACCACAUCUUUAAAGCCUCCUCUGACCCACACAGACCCAUCAGACUGGUUCUGACCAACGGCGUCGCUGGCGUUGGAAAAACCUUCUCUGUGCAGAAGUUCACUCUGGACUGGGCCGAGGGCCGGGAAAACCCAGACCUCAGUGUUGUGGUUCUGCUGUCGUUCAGGGAGCUGAACCUGAUCAGAGAUCAGCGGCACAGUCUUCUCACACUGCUCCAUGUUUUCCAUCCAAAGCUCCAGAAGGUCCCAGCAGAGCAGCUCGCUGUCCUGAAGCUUCUGUUCAUCUUUGACGGCCUGGAUGAAAGCAGACUCUCACUGGACUUCAGCCGCAGGAAGGUUGUGUCUGACGUCACACACAAGUCAUCGGUCAACGUGCUGCUGACCAACCUCAUCCAGGGGAACCUGCUUCCCUCCGCUCUGGUCUGGAUCACUUCCCGACCCGCAGCGACCCAUCAGAUCCCUCCUACAUGUGUGGACAGGGUCACAGAAGUACGAGGCUUCACCGACGCCCAGAAGGACGAGUACUUCAGGAGGAGAUCCAGCCACGAGCAGCUGUCCAGCAGAAUCAUCUCACACGUCAGGACGUACAGGAGCCUCCACAUCAUGUGUCAGAUCCCAGUGUUCUGCUGGAUCACUGCUACGGUUCUGGAGUACAUGUUGACUACAGAGCAGAGAGGAGAGCUGCCCAAGACCCUGACGGACCUGUACUCACACUUCCUGCUGGUCCUGACCCAGAGGAAGAGGAACAAGUACCAUGAGGGACAUGAGACCAGUCCACAGGAGCUGAUGGAGGCUGACAGGGAAGUUCUCCUGAAGCUGGGGAGGCUGGCGUUCAAACAUCUGGAGGAAGGAACCAUCAUGUUUUACCAAGAAGACCUGGAGCAGUGUGGUCUAGACGUCACAGAGGCCUUGGUUCACUCAGGAGUCUGUACAGAGAUCUUCAGGAGAGAGAGUGUGAUCUUCCACAAAACAGUCUACUGCUUUGUUCAUCUGAGUGUUCAGGAGUUUCUGGCUGCUGUUUACAUGAUGCACUGUUACAUCAGUGAGAAGGAGGAGGAACUGGAGAACUUCCUAAAAGAAUCCAAACACAGAGGAUCAAUCUUUACAAAGAUAAAACUGUUGUUUGUGAGUAAAACAAAUCAACACAAUGAUGAGCUUCAUCCUAAAACUCUCUCAUCCCUGGAUGAGUUUUUGUGUAGAACCAUGUUUAAAUCCCUCCAGAGUCCAGGUGGCCACCUGGACCUGUUUGUUCGCUUCCUUCAUGGCCUCUGUCUGGAGUCCAACCAGAGAAUCUUAGGAGGUUUGCUGGGUCACACAGAGACCAGUCCAGAAACCAUCCAGAAAAUCAUCACCAACCUGAAGGAGAUAAGGAAUGAUGAAAUCUCUCCAGACAGAAGCAUCAACAUCUUCCACUGUCUGAUGGAGAUGAACGACCACUCAGUCCAUCAGCAGAUCCAAGAGUUCCUGAAGUCAGAGAACAAAUCAUGGAAGGAACUCUCUCUGAUCCAGUGCUCAGCUCUGGCCUACAUGCUGCAGAUGUCAGAGGAGGUUCUGGAUGAGUUGGACCUUAACCAGUACAGCACAUCACUGGAGGGACGACGGAGACUGAUUCCAGCUGUGAGGAACUGCAGAAAGGCUCAACUUUCUAUCUGUGGACUCACAAAAACUCACUGUGAAGUUGUGGCCUCAGCUCUGAAGUCUAACCCAUCACAUCUGACACUUCUGGACCUGAGUGGAAACAACCUGCAGGACUCAUCAGUAAAGGUUCUGUGUGCUGGACUGGAGAGUCCUCACUGUCGACUGGAGACUCUGAGAUUGUUUGACUGCAGUUUGUCAAAGGUCAGCUGUGAUUCUCUGGGUUCAGCUCUGAUGUCCAACCCGUCACAUCUGACAGAACUGGACCUGACCUUCAACAACCUGCAGGAUUUAGGAGGGAAGCAUCUGUGUGGUUUUCUGGAGAGUGGUCACUGUCGACUGGAGACUCUGAGAUUGAUUGGCUGCAGUUUGACAGAGAUCAGCUGUGAUUCUCUGGGUUCAGCUCUGAAAUACAACCCGUCACAUCUGAAACAUCUGGAUCUGAGUGACAACAAGCUGCAGGAUUCAGGAGUGAAGCGUCUGUGUGGUUUUCUGGAGAGUCGCCACUGUCGACUGGAGACUCUGAGAUUGAUUGGCUGCAGUUUGACAGAGAUCAGCUGUGAUUCUCUGGGUUCAGCUCUGAAAUCCAACCCGUCACAUCUGAAACAUCUGGAUCUGAGUGACAACAAGCUGCAGGAUUCAGGAGUGAAGCAUCUGUGUGGUUUUCUGGAGAGUCGCCACUGUGGACUGGAGACUCUGAGAUUGAAGAGCUGCAGUUUGUCAGGGAUCAGCUGUGAUUCUCUGGUCUCAGCUCUGAAGUCCAACCCGUCACAUCUGACAGAACUGGACCUGAGUGAGAACAACUUGCAGUAUACAGGAGUGGAGCCUCUUCUUGACCUGCAGCAGAGUCCUGACUGUCGACUGCAGACUCUGAGCUGGUUGACGUGGGAGUUUGUGUGUAUAGGGUACUGAUGGUCCAUGUUACUGGGAACAGAGCUUCAUCCACAACUGACUGACAGAGGAACCAGAACCAGUGGAGAUGACUUUGUGUGAACUGAUCUGAGACCAGCUGCUCUGUGUAUAGUCCACCAGGAUCAUGUGGGAAAUGGAGUGUGUGGUGCAGUAGUUACAGUGGAUAUCGAGGACAGUGACAUGUACUGUUUGAAUACAACUUGUAUCUUUC